AUGAACGUCCAAGAUAUGACAGAUGCUGAAGUUUAUGAAUUGGCACUUGAGAUCCUUUUGGAUAAACUCGGACACCUUGGGCUAAUCCGGUUUUUUCGUCAGUGUAAACCGUGUACCGGUGAUUAUACUGCUGAACGUCAGAAGUGGAUAAAUGACGAUACCACAGAUGUCAAGACUAUCGUCAGGCGAAUUCAAGAGAAACAGAAACUGGUAGUGCCAGAGAAUGUGAAUCCAAAAAGCGUGGAUGACAUGUCGGACAUUGAGAUUUAUGAGUUUGGGCUCAAGGCGAUUUCACUGAAACUCGGUCCUGUUGGAAUAGUUCGGUUCGUUCAUUUGUUUGAUGUGGACGGAUACACUUACCCUCUUGAUCAACUCAAACUGCCUAAUACCAGUGAACGUGACCUGAAGACAAUAAAAGAACCAGAAACCGAGAGCGUGUAG